GUGAGGUUCCAGUACUGCUGCCUCCGGGGAAAGAGGUCAAUCUCGGACCAAAUCGGUCCCCAGCGAGCGAACCACAAACUCGAAAAAGUCUUUUCGGUUUCUUUCCUCUUUGUUGCUUCCCGCUUUCUUGCCCGUCUCCGCUUAGCCAUUGGUUCAAGACUAGGGUUUUCUAGCGCCAUCACUGCCCAAGCGGAUUGAUGGCCCUUUCUCGUUUCUAGGGUUUUGUUCCUCAGAUCCUUUAUCUUGGUCGUGUCGGUGCUGGCCGGAUUCCUCCCGUUUUGCGACCAUGAGUGCGGUGAACAUAACGAAUGUUACGGUGCUGGACAAUCCCACGGGGUUCCUCAGCCCGUUCCAGUUCGAGAUCUCGUACGAGUGUUUGGUUCCUCUGGAAGAUGAUUUGGAGUGGAAACUUACAUAUGUCGGAUCAGCAGAAGACGAGACUUAUGACCAACUCCUUGAAAGUGUCCUUGUUGGUCCUGUCAAUGUUGGGAAUUAUCGCUUCAUUUUCCAGGCAGAUCCCCCAGAUCCAACCAAGAUUCGCGAAGAAGACAUAAUUGGUGUCACUGUGCUACUGUUGACUUGCUCUUAUGUGGGGCAGGAAUUCAUCAGAGUAGGCUACUAUGUGAACAAUGACUAUGACGACGAUCAACUUCGGGAGGAACAACCUCCACGGAUUUUACUUGACAGAGUCCAACGGAACAUCUUGGCUGACAAGCCCCGCGUGACAAAAUUCCCAAUUAACUUUCAUCCCGACCCGAGUGAAAAUGGAGGGCAGCAACAACAGCCAACUACUACCUCACCUGAAAACCAGGCCGUAGAUGAUCCAAGGCUAUGGCCGACACACGAUGAUCUCUGUGACCAUGAUCAAGGCAAUCAAAACCCUCAAUUCUUGUUACAGCAGAGGCUGAGCCAGGAGCAGCAGCAAAAAUCACUGGUGGUGUUGGAGGAUGUGGAAGCAGCAUAUGGCCAUGGAAACAGGAAUCGUGUGCCAAUGGGUUUGAGACCCGCGGCGGCGGAGAUCCAGAGAAGAACGGCGGCGACGGAGAUGAUGCGACUUCGUUAGAUUUCCCAUCCUGUUAAUUCAGGGGCACCAGUUACCAUCUUGAUCAUGAAAAGUGUACGAGCUAAGUCACAAAACAAUUCUUUAACCUUGGAAAGAGAAGUGAAGCUCCAUGCCGGGCUGCACCACCGCGGCUUGGUGCACACCACCUCAAUUCUCCGGCCAUCCGCCACCGCAGUUGCCUCCAUUUCUUAUCCUCCUUUUGAGUUCAAGAAUCAAGAAGAUGAUGGCCUCUGCUUUGAAUGCAGGAAGAGACGGG